GGCCCUCUCGGGAGAUCUCUCGGGAGACUAUGGAGAUGGCUGGGCAACUCGGGAGGAAAUCGCAGUUCUCCCCCAGGGACAAGCAGCGGGAUCCGCCCGCUUCCUGCCUUGCCGACAGCUCUUUGAAGAGGUUGGAGGAGAGAUUGCUGGAGCAGAACUACUGAGCAAAAGCAGGCUUUGGUUCUUCAAUUGUCAUCAAGCUUGCAAUCAGAUUGGAAACAUUUUUUUAGAGGCUUCCUACCUCCCUCUCUCCAGUGGCGUGCCAAGAUACAUUUUGCUCAUAUAAGAAAGAAAUGGGCUUCAAAAUGACUUUCCAUUUUUCUUACAAAUUCCGAUUACUACUGCUUUUUACCUUAUGCCUGACAGUGGUUGGGUGGGCCACCAGUAAUUAUUUUGUGGGUGCUAUUCAAGAGAUUCCUAAAGCAAAGGAUUUUGUAGCUAAUCUCAACAAGGCCAUGAUUUGGGGGAAGGAAAGAACUCUGACUGGUGAAGCAUCCUUGAAAAAAGUAGAGCUUGACAACUGUCCUUCUCUGUCUCCACACCUCAAAGGCCAGAACAAGCUCAUUUUCAAAGCAGAUCUCACUCUGGAAGAAGUUGAGGCAGAAAAUCCCAAAGUACAUAAAGGCCGAUAUCAUCCUGAGGAAUGUAAGGCAGUGCAGCGGGUUGCCAUCCUCAUUCCAUACCGGAACAGAGAGAAGCACCUGCUGUACCUGCUAGAACACCUGCAUCCGUUCUUGCAGAGGCAGCAGUUAGACUAUGGCAUCUACAUCAUCCACCAGGCUGGAAGUAAAACGUUUAAUCGAGCCAAACUCUUGAAUGUGGGCUACAUAGAAGCGCUCAAGGAUGAAAACUGGGACUGCUUCAUAUUCCAUGAUGUGGACCUGGUGCCUGAAAAUGACCUGAAUCUUUAUAAGUGUGAGGAUCAGCCCAAACAUCUGGUGGUUGGCAGGAAUAGCACUGGGUACAGGUUGCGUUACAGUGGAUAUUUUGGGGGUGUUACUGCCCUAAGCAGAGAACAGUUUUUCAAGGUGAAUGGAUUCUCUAACAACUACUGGGGAUGGGGAGGCGAAGACGAUGACCUCAGACUCAGAGUUGAACUUCAGAAAAUGAAAAUAAUCCGACCAUUGCCCGAAGUGGGAAAAUAUACAAUGAUCUUCCACACUAGAGACAGAGGCAAUGAGGUGAAUAGAGAACGGAUGAAGCUUUUACACCAGGUGUCACGAGUAUGGAGGACAGAUGGGCUUACUAGCUGUAUUUAUAAAUUACUUUCAGUGGCUUACAAUCCUUUAUAUAUCAACAUUACAGUAGAUUUCUGGUCUGACCCAUGAUGCUGAAUUUUCUGGUGCAUUUGGAAGAACUGAUUCUUAGAUUGCAAUAAUUUUGGUGCAGAUACUUCUCAUAGUAGCCCACAUUAAAAACUUGUUGGAGCUAAUUACUGAGCUGCAUUUUUCCUUUUUUUUGUAUUUUCUUAACAGAUUUCCUAAUGGUACAGAAUGUAAAAUCAUUGUAGCAAGACAGCCUUUUUUUUAGUUGUUUUGAUCAUGAGAAUUAAAUACUGUAUUGUUGAUUCUUGAGCUAGGUAUAAAGGAAGUACUCAAAGGAUAUAAUGAAGGCGAUAUGGGAACACAGAUGGAAAACAACUUAUUUAAGUUUGAAGUUUAGUAUUAUGGGGGAAAAGGCCAAGCAAAGUAAAUAAAAUUGCUGAUUGUCCCAGAAGACUAGAAUUGUCAUCCAAGGUAGAAAGGUAUGAAGAUAUCUGUGUUACUCAUCUAUCCUGCACCAACCCCUGUGAAGAAGUGGAGCCCAGGUGAGAAGAAGGCCACAGGAGAGGUCUGAAAGGAGACAUCACAAGUUGCAGUGAACUUGAGAAUGAAGAAAUGGAGAUAGAAGGACAAGGUCCAAUGGAGAAGUGGCCAUGGGUCUCCUGCUGCUGCUGCUCUGUAGUGGGUUGCCACCUUCCAGGACUAAUCCCGCAGGGAACAGAUUAUCUACUGAUUUUUUAAAAGCAAUUUUUAUAAAAUGAUUUUUGUAUGUAUAGGUUAUGAAUGAGCAGUUUACAAAUGGCACAUUAAUAAUACAUCAGAAAUACCUCUGUAGUAAAAGAUGAACAAGC